AGGUUUAGCCGCCUCCAUUACUGGGAUAAAUACACGAGUUCUUCUGCAGCAAAAAGCAAAUUAAUGAAAUUCGAUUUCAUAAAUUUAAUAUAACAAGAAUUUAUUUUCGCAGAAAAAUAGGUGAAAAAUAAUUGAGCUUGCGGAUACCAAAAAGAAAGAAAACUUGUUGUUGACAAAAACGGAUGCAUUCAGCGGCAAAGCGGCAGCCGACAUAAUCCGGACCUAACUUUAACCGGAUAUCCGUUUUUCAAAAUGAGUAAAAGUUCCGAUGUUUCCAAGAAAUUUUCAAGAAUUUUUUCAAAUCAGUGUCUCAUGUUAGCAAUUUGGAAUGAAUUGUCGGUUGUUUUGGAAUCAUUCAAACAGGAAGCAACAGACCGCAACAAGUCUGCAGGAUCAAAUCUCGUAUGAAGUAAAGACGUUUCGGGAUACACUGGAAAAGACACUCGCAUAUAUAUUGUAUUGUUUUGACUUUUCAAUAUUUUGAGCAUGAAUUUCACAACUCCAUCACCAUCACCUACGACUGCUAGUGCGUGUGCAGUAGACAUCCUGUCUAAACAAAAAUCUGCACAGUAUUUCAUCAUUCCAUCUGGAAUCAUUGGUGCUUUGACUAUGGCACUCAAUCUUCUUGUGGUUGUUGCUGUUGCAAAGAACAAGAAGCUACACAAACCUGCUUUUUAUUACGUGUCGUCUUUGGCAGUUGCUGACUUUAUUGCUGGGUUUAUGAUUGCUUAUGCGUUCUUUAGAGGGUUUUUCACUGGGACAACGACAAGAUUGGAACUCGAACUGAAGCAAGCUGUUUUCAUCUUGAGUGUCAGUGCCUCCAUACUGACACUUCUAGUCAUAUCCCUCAAUCGGUAUUUUGUCAUCGUGCAUCCAUUUCAUUACCGCUCAACUAUGAACAACGCCAUAGUCGUCAUUGCUAUAGUAAUAACCUGGAUUUACCCGAUCGUUGGUGGUUUUCUUCCAUUAGCUGGUUGGAAUGAUGCAAAUUACGAAUGUUCUGGAAUCAUUCCUGGACUUGCGAAGAGCUACGUGUUUGUGCUUAGCUUGCAUGUUGUGGUGAUCUUGAUCGUCAUUUUGGUCUUGUAUCUGCGCAUCUAUUGUAAGGUGCGAGAAAGUGCAAACAGUUUUGUUGUUGGAGGUCGUUCUGCAGAACGCAAAGCACACAUCAAGGUGGCAAAAACCCUCUUCAUCGUCACAACUGCAUUUGCAGUUUGUUGGUUACCCUACAUGACCAUCUGUAUUCUCGAUUUCGCUCACUCCAUCAAACUAGAGAAGUACACUCCAGUCUUUGCAGUCCUGGCUGCUCUCAACUCUGGUCUCAACCCUUUGAUUUAUGCCUGGCGUGAUGGGGAAAUGAGAACGACGUUUAAAAGUAUUCUUUGUCCUUCUGCUUGUUGCAAUAGGCCACCGGCACAUGAUUCGGGGAUGGAAUCGUCUAACGCCAGUACACACUCGACGCUAUUCACUAUGUGCUACGGUGGAUCGCCUGUGGGUGAUGGCGCUGAGGGCCGCUAUGAAGAUAUUGAUGAAAAUAAGAACCCGCCAAAAGACGACAAGUUAGAACGAAGGCCUCUCACUGGAGACUAGGAUAAACCAGUGAAAUAAAGCUGCACCUUGCAACACAUCACAAUACUCCAGUUUCGAGUUCCAAGUUACCGCUGUGUUUCUUGAUCAUAGGCUCAUUUGCUCGGGUUUAGUCUCGACUUUGUGCAGAAUAAUUAUGUGUCCUCAAGAAGGUCCGUGGAAUUUCUAAGUGUUUGUAUUGUUGAAGUAGUGCAUUCUUUACUUUACCGUUGGUAUGUGUAAAUAUUCAAACACUGAUACGAAGCUAACCCUGAGUAAAUGAGUCAGUAAUCAAGGAACACAGCGGUAUUUUGGAACUCGAAACUGGAGUAUUCAGAAGCCCRAAUUUAUUUUCUCCAAUAAAGACACAGAACCACGGACAUUUAGUUUUAUCGAAAAGUAAAGUCGUACAUCAAUAUGAAGGAACCAGUAACUUUUAAAGGUAGGAAAUGAAUAGGACUACAAUCGUCAUUCAUAGUGAGGACAGCAAAUAGAAAAAAAAUCUUUACGUCAUAAGCUUGCCAUGAUGUAAUUUGACAUUGAAUCAGAUACACUUAUUUCAAUAAAGUUAGUCACCUGAAAAGCUACAAAGCUGAGACCGGCAAGGAUCAUGGGUAGAUACAUUUUACAUGUUUCAACCGCUUGAUAACUGUUGAUGGACUUGAGAUCUUUUACCAGUUACAGUCUCACCUCCUCUGAGUAUCCUCAACUGCUGCAAUUUGUGUCAAAAGCUUUGUUUGUUGGAUAUGAAAUAUUUCCCAUGAUUCUUGGCGAUCACAGCUUUCUAGCUUUUUGGUGACUAACUUUAUUGAAAUAAGUAUAUAAUGUACAAAACAACUCAUUCAUUUAAACAACUAAACGUAUAAAAAGUUUUAGAACAAGAUAUUUAAAUUUAAACUAUAAAACUAGGACCGUGGGCAAACAAAAACA